UGAUUAUCUAAUUAUCUCCCUGUUGGGUUUUUCUUUCUUGAUAUUAUUUUUUUUUUUUCAUCAAACCCAUUAUUAAAGUUUAGUGUAUAUACAAGUUUACUUUGUUUUCCUUUCUGGGUAUUCGUUAUCUUGGCUAAAAAUCUUAUCUUUUUCAAGAUUUGAGUGUUGAUUUGGAUAAUCUUGGGGUUCUACCGACAGAAUCUUGAUUUGGGAGAUGGUGAAAAGGUAGCUGGAUUUGAUCAGAUUGGUCAAGGGGUUCUAAAAGAUGAGUUCAAGUGAGAAUGUGAUACAAAGGGGGAAGCUUUUAGUUCAUAUAGCCGAAAACGGGCAUUCUUUUGAACUCGAAUGUGACGAAUAUACCCUUGUGGAAUCAAUCCAACAGUAUUUAGAAUCACUAUCCAGGAUUCGGUUAAACGAUCAACUUCUUUUGUAUCUGGAUUUGAAACUCGAACCUCAAAAUCCACUCUCUGCAUACAAACUCCCAUCCGAUGAUCGUGAAAUUUUCGUAUUUAAUAAAUCAAGAAUGCGAAGUAAUUCGGUUCCGCCAGGGCCCGAAGAACUCGAACUAUUUGAAAACGAUUACCCUGAUCCGCAAAGACCGUCAUCGUCAUCACACAAUCCGCAUCCGUUAGAUGACGCCCCAGACCCUGCGUUAAAGGCGUUACCAUCCUACGAAGAACAGUUUCGGUACCAUUACCAGUUCGGGGACGUAAUUUACCGCCGUACAGUUAUAAAAUACGAGAUGUGUGAGCGGUUUGCAAGAGAGCAAAGGGUGCAAGAGAAGGCGUUGGAGAUCGCUAGGGGUAAUUUGGACCAUUUUUAUAAAAUGAUCCUCCAAAACUACACGGAUUUUGUGAAGUGUUAUUCGCAACAACAACGGACGCAUUCGAAUCUUUUAGUGAAUUUCGGGAGGGAUUUAGAACGACUUAGGUCGAUUAAACUUAUACCCGUGUUACAGACUCCUGAUCGCAAGUGUUUGUUGGAUUUCGUUAAAGAAGAUAAUUUGCAAAAAAUGGUGGAUGAUUGUAGUAAUUCUCACCGGCAGUUUGAAAGUAAAGUUGGAGACUUUAAGCAGGAAUUCGGAGAGUUAAAACAACGAACCGAGCAUUUGUUCUCUAGUAAGGCUUCGAUCCUCAGUAGAGAUUUGGAAAGAACCGUUAAGGAGCACGAACAUCAUAUUAACGAGCAGAAAAGUAUAAUGCAAGCUUUGAGCAAAGAUGUUGGCUUGGUGAAGAAACUCGUGGACGAUUGUUUGACCAGUCAACUCUCCAAUUCUCUCCGUCCUCACGAUGCCGUAUCCGCAUUAGGCCCGAUGUACGAAGGCCACGCCAAAAGUUAUCUCCCGAAAAUGCAAGAUUGCGAGCGUGCCAUUACCAACCUUCUAAUCUUCUGCAAAAACAAGAAAACUGAAAUGAAUACUUUCGUUCACAAAUACAUGCAAAAAAUCGCGUACAUUCAGUACACAAUCAAAGACGUAAGGUACAAGUUUUCGGUUUUCACAGAAGCGUUAAAACGCCAAAAUGAUCAAUUCGAGCAUUUGAAAGUGGUUCGUGGAAUCGGGCCCGCGUACAGAGCGUGUUUGGCGGAGAUAGUAAGAAGAAAAGCGUCAAUGAAACUUUAUAUGGGAAUGGCGGGCCACUUAGCCGAAAGACUUGCAACCAAACGGGAAUCGGAGAUAAGAAGAAGAGAAGACUUUUUGAAAGUCAACAGUCUGUUUAUACCUCGAGAUAUUUUAGCAUCGAUGGGAUUAUACGAUACACCUAGCACAUGUGAUGUUAACGUAGCUCCUUUUGAUACUAAUUUACUCGAUAUAGACAUAUCAGAUUUGGACCGUUUUGCCCCUGAGCAUUUAGUCGGGCUUUCGUUUAAAAAGUGUCCAUCUUCAAUGUCUCAAGACGGUGAAGAAGGUUCCGAAAGCGGUACCGAAAAUUAUAACGAUUUUGUGGAAGCUUCUGAAUUGGUGGAGAUUGCGGGGACUAGUAAACUAGAAGUUGAAAACGCAAAACUAAAAGCCGAACUUGCUUCAACUAUAGCUAUUCUUUGUUCUUAUUCGCCUGAAACCGAAUUCGAAGAUAGUGAAAUCGGGAACGUGUUAAAAGACUCCGCCGAAAAAACUGCCGAGGCGUUGCGGUUGAAAGACGAACACGAGAAACAUUUGGUCAAUAUGUUGAAAGUCAAACAAAUGCAGUGUGAAUCGUAUGAGAAACGGAUAAAAGAGCUUGAAAAUCGGUUGUCGGAUCAGUAUUCGUUAGAACACAAACUUAAUAAAGACGCAUCGUCUGAGCCUAUGGAUGAAGCUUCUUAUGCGUCUAGUUCGUUACUUUUGAAAUCAGGAGGUAACGAUUCAUCCGGAACGAUGAACCCGAAUAUGGAUUCAUCAAUGGUGGAACCGACCCGUGAUGAGAAAGACGAAAAGGAGACGAUGGUGGCGGAUGUCGGGAUGGUAUUGGCCACUAGUUCAAGCGGUGAUUACAUGCCACCACCGUUGAAAAGUUUGACUAAUGAUGACCAGGUCAAAGCUAGUGGUGAUGUUGCGGAGUUGCGGAAUUUGCUUACGGAGAAAUCGAACCAGUUAAAUGAGACGGAAACUAAGCUUCAAGCUGCAAUGGAGGAGGUUACAAGGUUGGUUAGCGAGUUGGAUAUUAGUCGGAAUCUUCUAGAUGAAUCUCAGAUGAAUUGUGCUCACUUGGAGAACUGUCUACAUGAAGCAAGAGAAGAGGCUCAAACUCAUCUAUGUACAGCUGACCGUAGGGCAGCUGAAUAUACUUCAUUACGUGCGUCUGCUGUCAAAAUCCGAAGCCUUUUUGAAAGGCUAAAAGUGUGUGUUUCAUCAGGUGGUGUGGCCAGUUUCGCUGAGUCACUGCGUGCUUUAGCUCAAUCUCUCGCCAAUUCUGCAAAUGAGAACGCGGAUGACGGCAUAAACGAGUUCCGCGAGUGUGUUCGAAUGCUCGCUGAGAAAGUCGGUAUGCUAACAAGGCAACGAGCCGAGUUGAUUGAUAGGUACACAAAGGCGGAGACAUCACAUGAACAACUUACAAAAGAUUUGGAAGAAAAGAAAGAGUUGGUCAACAAUUUGUACAUGAAGCUUCAAUCCGAAAAACAGGUUAAUAAGGAGAAGAUAUCAUUCGGUCGGUUGGAGCUACACGAGAUAGCCGCAUUUGUACUUAAUGCCGAUGGACACUACGAAGCCAUAAACCGAAACUGCACGCAUUACUAUCUUUCUUCAGAGUCGGUUGCCUUAUUUACCGAUCAUCUUCCACACCGACCCGCCCAUAUCGUGGGCCAGAUUGUGCAUAUAGAGAAACAAACCGUGAAGUCCUCCUCCAUGGGCUCGAGCGAGUUGAACCCAUACGGUUUACCCAUUGGUUGCGAGUAUUUUGUGGUGACGGUUGCAAUGUUACCGGAUACUACCGUUCAUUCACCCACUGCUGCUUCCUGAUCGUUAAAACUCGGUGAAGAUAUGAUGGAAGAUUUAGAACGAAAAAGCCGAGGAAAGUGUACAUAUACUUGACGUUUUAAUUGAAAAAUCGAAAAAAUUGAUUGAUUGAAUUUGUUCCCACUUGAAUGUACAGUUGAUGAUGAUCAUAACUUGUUCAGUUGUAUAAAUUAACUCUCCCAGUUUCAUGUAAAAAAAAACUUUGUAUAUUAUUUUUCACUGAAUCA